GGCAGUUAAUGAGUCCGUGAUGUUAUUGUUAUUGCCGACAGAAUAAUGUAGAAUAGAAGCCGGCUUCUAAGUCAUAUAACCUCAAAAGCUUGGGGCCAACGAGCCGCCCGGCGAUGGGGGAACGCGCAGCCGCUCAAUGUUGUCGCGCAUGCGCCCUGGCCAGCCUUCCGCCACCAGACGACAACGCUGCACAAAGCGCGAUCCACCGCGAUGUCUCGCACUGACUGUUCCCGACGUUGAUGAAUCACUAUACUGAUACACAUACACAUCAACGCCAUAUCACACCGUAGUGAAAACACGAGUAUGUGAUAGGACAAAUAGUGGACAUACAACGUAAAAGUAGUGUUUUUGUAGUGAUUUAUAGCAGUGGCUAACAUGUACAAGACGGUGCGACAUGGCGAGAACAGUCUGCAAUACACCAUCCUUCCGCAGACGGAAGAGGUGUUGAGCAACAGCGGCUUAAAGGGGAAGGGACGAGACUACAGCCCCUCGAUCCACGUACGACGAACUCGGAGAAAAUCUACAGUAAAAUACGUUUUACUCAUCAUUUUCGGCGUGAUAUUUGCUUUAGCUCUGGCAUCAGUUCCUCUCUAUAUAAUGAACGGGGCUCUAUAUGCGCGUAGGUCCCAGCAAGAUUAUCAUGACGUGAUCACUGUAGCACCUUUUGCGUCCCCAAAUCGCGAUAUAGUGAAAUCUCGGAAGAAGGAACUAAAAAUCUCUCCGGAAAUAUUCUCAACUUUAAUAUCGAAAUUAGAAACGAGCACCAUGAAACUGUCUACUACUCCUACGCCUUUGGUACCAUCAACAGUAUUGGGUGAAAAAGCUACCACCCCACCUUGGACAAUGCCAGCAUUACGAUCUUGGAAAAGUUCAACGUCAUCCACUACCACUCGACCUAUCGCUACUGAAGAAAGCAUAAACACGCCGGUACUCGUUACAUCUAAUAGCAAUAAUUUAGAAAACGAUAUAUCCCUGAAACCAUGGGACAAAGAUAUAAUAAUCCGCCCGACUGUUACAGCGGAACCAGUUACACUCCGAAAUAUAAUCAAAUAUUACUCACAAACAUUUAUGCCGUCGGAAAAAUCUAUUGUAAUUAAUACGAAAAUGUUCGACGACGUUCUCAUAAUAACAAAAAGUACGACUUCAGCACCUCCAGUAACAACGGAAUUCACGACUUCCAGUGAAAAGUUUAAAUUAAAGGAUUUGAAAGAUACUAUGCUGUCCGUGGAUGAUGACGAAGAAUUCAAGGAGUCAUUGGAGGUGGACGAAGUGUUCUCGCUACCUUCCUUGAAGCCGGACCCUUCUGACAUCAGUUCGGACUCGGAUGAAGUGACAGUUUCUAAAGCAAACGACAAUGUAUGGUACGGCGCUAGAUGGCCGUUUGUGGACACAUCGUCGUAUUUCCAGUGGUCGGGUUACUCUCCUGGCGAUAACUUGUUGUUGCCUCUCCUGGUGGCCGCGCUGUCGUCCGUCGCCCUGGUGCUACUCCUUGCAUUGGCGGUGAAGCGUCGCAAGCGUACCCACGGUGUGACUGCGCAAAUUGGGAAGCUGACCGCCGACCUUCAAGCUGAUGACAACACCAACCUCCUGACGGCAGAAAAUGCCGAAGACGCUGAAGAGUGAAGUGGUCGGUCACCACGCUUCUUGCUUAUUCAAAUCUCCAUCUCGGAAUGCCUCCAGUACAAUUUGACUUAAUAUCCUACGAAAUAAUUGUGAAACAAAACAUAUUUUAACACAAAAUAAUUUUACAGGCUCGGUUUUAGUUGGGUUUGAUUUGAAAUUGAGACGUGUAAAACAAGCGUUGUAAUUAAGCGGAGUAAGAAUAGACUUUGUAAAAUGGACAAUAGUGCAGAAAUUACAUUCGCAACAAACAGUAAGGUGUAAUUCAAUUGUACAUUAGGCAUUCCAUGCACAUUGUAAUGAUUUAGCCGCCAUAGUGUAGUUCCUUGAGAUUCUAGAACGCAGCGGAUAGACGUAACUGCGUUCGUCUUAACACGCCGAUCAUAUUUCAAACUUUCAGUGCCUAUUGUUUGUAUAUAAUGUACGGUUUGGCUGGUGUCCGCGCCAACGAAGGUCGAAAUGUGGGUUCUAUGUUCAGAGAUACGAUAUAAUAUGUAAGUAUAUUUUGUAAACGCACUAGAUGUUCGAAUGUAUAUUAGAUACGUACGUGUCAAAUGCCAAAGUUGCUAAAAUUUAUUUUUGUUACAAAAAUAUAAUCUACAAUGUAUUUAUUAAUGUCAUUCAACAACGUAAUGGAGCAUAAUAAUAAUGAUUAGAUAUUAAUAACGUAUUCAUGAGCUUCGUAGCGUGUACACUCAGGGCGCAAUAAAUCAUCACUCAUUUUAUAAAUAGUGACUUGAAUAUACGCGCGUAUACUUGCGCCGCAGAAUAUUGGCUUCUACGAUUAUACAUAUAAAGCUGUGGGGACUGAAUUCACAUAGUCGUAUCAUCGGAAACAUCAUGCUAUGUAUAUCAUAUCUCUGAAAUUUUCGAUUGUAUGCCUCGUCAGUAUUAACAAAACCCUGUGGUAUAAAUGUAUGUAAUAAGCAUAUUUAUUUUUUAUGUAGUGCGAUUAUAGAUUAAGAUGAAAUAUCAAUCGUGGUGUAAUAUUGUAUUAUGUGUUUGACGUCGCCCAUUGAUUACUGUUUCAAUUACAUAACUACUUUAAUACUUCAUCAUUUAAAAAUCUAGUUUAUAAGACUGAUAAGCGAUUGAGUUGUGUAGAAUUAGUGUUGCUUCUCAUUUAUUAUAAAUAUAAGAGCUGUGGUAGCUUCAUUGAUUUAGGCCGUUACCCUGUGCUGUUUGGAGAUUCAUUCCUGGCGUGUACAAAGUACGUAUAAGUACUAACGUACACCAUACAUAUCACGCUGACAGUGACAACCGGUUAGAGAAAACCAACAUCUCAUUAAAUAUCUCGCAAUUUGCUUAUUGUGGAGCAGUGUUGUGGAGAUUUCAAGAUAGCUUUUCAUACCUGGAUCUCAUCUGCUUUCCUUCCUCCAACCAUUCAGGUGACGUAUGCGUAGGUACAUACUUUUGCAAUAUUAUGUAGCUUUUAUAUUUUGUAACGGCACUAUUUCAUUUCAAUCGUUCGUAUUUGGUAUUUCAUUGUAACGUAUGUAUGUUAGGUAUCAGGAUUGUAAGUGUGGGGGUGUUUUUGUACAGAUAUCCAUUGUGGCAGUAAUCGACAUAAAAGAUAAAUUCUUUUCCGGUGCAAAAUAUUCGAAAUGCCUUUACAAGACGGAUACUGCUAAUGGAAGUGAUGCAGAAACACCUUAGGGGCGAUUAGGGGAUGUAUCGGUAGUUAGAAAUUAAAAUGUGAUAUUUGUCGCAACAGAAUGACUGUACUGAAUCAUAAUUUAAAAAAAAUGCCUCCCGCAAAUUUUCCGCAUAUAAUUUUUAUUACCGUUCUUUCUGCCUGGCGUUACAUCAGCACCGGGAUUCACCCUCCUUAGAUACAUACCUUUUCCAGUUUAGAACACCGAUACUCUUUAAACAUCAACUCAAAUAAUAACCUAAUAUAAUUUGGCCAUAAGUGUACAUUACUUUAUGACACGAAAGAGUCGUACUGCCGCAAUCAUUCUGCUGCGAGUCUGUGGUAGAUAUUGAAUAAAGGUGUCCCCCUGUAGAAGGAAUUGUAAGAUCACGUAUACACGGUACGUUUUGUAUUUAUCAUGUUCCAAGUUUAAGCUGUAAAUUUGAUGUAUUUGUGUAUCAAGAUUCGGUAUAAAUCGUGCUAACAUAUUAUAUCAUGCAACACUUCGCACAUCAAUAUAUAAUAGAUGUUAAGUUUCAAAACGCCUCCAUAUAAUAACCGCUGUGGUUACAUCGGGUAUUGAGCAUUGUGAUUUAUUUUUGCUGAAACACACCAUGUACAAAAGUGAAAUAAAUUAUGUUUUCCCACUCAA